AUGUUGAGUAGCCGUGGGGUCAUCACGACUAACGCGGCGCUUGUGGAGUGUGCCGCAGGGCAAAAUACAUCGGAUAAGAACGUGUUCCUGCUGAGUGAGUUAGAGAAGGUCUGGGUGGCUGUGGCGGUAGUAGCGCGUCGCCUACUCCUCGACGGCAGCGCCGUGCAAAUUGCACCGUUCGGCGCGCUUUGGACUCAGGAGUACAUUCUGCUGCGCGACCGGCAACAAAACCCCUACAAAACGCGUAAGUUGUGCUUUGGCAUCAACCUCAACUAUGCAAAUCGUUAUGGUAUUGACACCGGCAAAGUGCCUCUCGAACGACCUGGCGGGGAAGGCUAUGUGCGAGUGAGCAUGGCUGACAUAGUAUCAGUGUGCAGCGUGCCUGCGCGGACUGCCUCUGCGGCGCUCAAAGAGUUCUUUCUGUACCUCGGUGAGAAGCUUUCGCGCGACCGCGUGCUCCAGCUGUCGCUGCCGGGCGUCGCCACCAUUUCCAUAAAGAAGCAGAAGGUGGUUCUGAGCAUGCAUGAGGAGCUGCGCCUUGAGAUGUACGAGAUCGACAGCCGCAAGUGGCCUGGAGAGCUGCAGCGCGAAGGUUAUGAGGUGCUGCAGACGCAGGUGGAGGCGGCAACCUCCUGCGCGCUCAGCUCGGCUGCCGCAUCGCGUCCGUCAACGUCACACCUUUCGCGGGCGAGUUGGCGCUCCGCACCGGCGUCAACAGCAGGCGACGGCAUCGACGCAAAGAGGCCAGUCUUUGUUGCUGCCUCGCCAUCGGGUCGACUUUUUGACGAUAUCGCGCAGCACGAAGAGCAGCGCAGAAGAGCGGCCCAAUCGGUUGCAGCCGCAGAGAGAGAGAUGCGCCGCCGCCAGGAGGACCUGAACCAACGUAUUGAGCGCUAUGCCGGAUAUGGAUACCAGGAUGACCCGGUUGAAAACGAGGUGUACUACACCGAGAGGGCCGGUAAAGACGACUUGGACUACACGCACCCGUCGUCAGAGGAGGUGAAAGGGGAUGGCGCCGAUGACGGACUACGACGCGUUGGCCGACCACCACCGAGUGCGUCCGGGGAGUCCAUCUACAACAUCAUCGAUCGGUCGGACCCUCGGAACACUGCAGCGAUCCCCCAUCAAUCCCGCCAGUACGGGCAGCACUACCCCCAGUCGUCCUCUUGGGCAUCCUCGCACCAUGAAGUGGCAGCCAAGGACGACCCUGACGUGGAGGUCAUAGAAAUCUUCGAUGACUCCAGCAUGGUUGAGCAGCCCACCACGACACUAGAUAAGCGCCCCAUCGCUCCCAAGAACGCGGAACUAGAGCGUAUUCUGCGAGAGGAGGAACCUUUUAGCCGACCCAUACCCCACCGCACAUACCACGAGUCAAGUGCGGCACGGGACCUGAUAUACUCUCAGCCGUACGAGGCGCCAUCACGCAGAGCGAGGUCAGCGGCAGUAGCGGGGCCAUCGCCAGCGACACAUGAAAAGCACACCGCGAACAUAGACACUAGCACGCAGACCAUCGCCUUCACAGAGACCACAAAGUCCGGACAGAUCCAUGAGGGUGUACUUCGAUUUGGGCGCAAGCGGUUUGAUGCGAACCAGUACGACAGUGAUCACAUUGGAAGUCUCCUUCAAUACCGCGAGUAUUGA